ACUCUCACUCUCUCUGAAAAUGGACGUGAGCGAAGAAGUCAGGGCAGCUCACAAGCGAGAAUUCGUAGAUUUCUUGGAUCAAGAUGUGGGAAAGGGGAUAUACAUGGACGACAUCAAAGCCCUCAUCAACCACAAGCGCCACCGCCUCGUCGUCAACAUCUCCGAUCUCCACAAUUUCCGCGACUUGGGUAACAGGAUUCUUAGGAAUCCAAGUGAGUACAUGCAGUCGUUCUGCGAUGCGGUGACCGAUGCCGCGCGUGCUAUUGAUCCUAAGUAUUUGAAGGAAGGGGAACAAGUGCUCGUGGGAUUUGAAGGUCCUUUUGUUUCUCGCAGAGUCACGCCUAGGGAGCUUCUGUCUGAAUUCAUAGGUUCGAUGGUCUGUGUUGAGGGCAUUGUCACCAAAUGUUCUCUUGUAAGGCCGAAGGUUGUUAAAAGUGUUCACUUCUGUCCCACCACGGGAAACUUCACUACUCGUGAAUAUCGGGAUAUUACAUCUAAUUUGGGUUUGCCGACAGGAUCUGUUUAUCCCACGAGGGAUGAAACUGGCAACUUACUUGUGACCGAAUAUGGAUUGUGCAAAUAUAAAGAUCAUCAAACCUUGUCCAUUCAAGAAGUUCCAGAGAAUUCUGCUCCUGGUCAACUCCCGAGAACAGUGGAUGCCGUUGUAGAAGAUGACCUUGUUGAUUCUUGCAAGCCAGGAGAUCGUGUAGCCAUUGUGGGGGUAUAUAAGGCUCUUCCUGGGAAAAGCAAAGGCAGUGUGAAUGGAGUAUUCAGGACUGUGCUCAUAGCCAACAAUGUUUCUCUUCUCAACAAAGAGGCUAAUGCACCAAUCUACAGUCCUGAAGACCUCAAAAACAUUAAAAAGAUAGCUGAAAGAGAUGAUACAUUUGACCUGCUUGGUAACUCACUUGCACCUUCUAUAUACGGGCAUUCUUGGAUAAAGAAAGCAGUGAUUUUGUUGAUGCUUAGUGGAGUGGAGAAGAACUUAAAGAAUGGCACUCACUUGCGAGGUGACAUUAACAUGAUGAUGGUUGGUGAUCCCUCUGUUGCCAAGUCUCAACUCUUAAGAGCAAUUAUGAAUAUUGCUCCCUUGGCCAUAUCAACAACAGGCCGGGGUUCUUCUGGGGUUGGUUUGACAGCCGCAGUAACUUCAGAUCAAGAAACAGGGGAAAGAAGGCUUGAAGCUGGGGCAAUGGUUCUUGCUGACAGAGGUGUUGUCUGCAUUGAUGAAUUUGACAAGAUGAAUGAUCAAGAUCGUGUUGCUAUACAUGAAGUUAUGGAACAGCAGACUGUGACAAUUGCCAAAGCCGGUAUCCAUGCGUCACUUAAUGCCAGAUGCAGUGUGGUGGCUGCUGCAAAUCCCAUAUAUGGAACUUAUGACCGUUCAUUGACUCCAACCAAAAAUAUUGGACUCCCAGACUCCUUGCUAUCUCGAUUUGAUCUACUGUUUAUUGUGUUGGAUCAAAUGGAUCCUGAUAUUGAUCGUCGAAUAUCAGAACAUGUCCUGCGUAUGCAUCGAUUUCGUUCUGCCAUUGAUGGAGGUGAGGCUGCCCUUGAUGGGAGCUCAAGAUAUGGAAGAGAAGAUGAAGCUGAUACAGAGUCAUCUGUCUUUGUCAAAUAUAACAGAAUGCUACAUGGGAAGAAAACUGAAAGAGGUCGCAAACGUGAUACCCUUACAAUUAAGUUUCUUAAGAAAUAUAUCCAUUAUGCUAAGCAUAGGAUUCAACCUGACCUGACUGAUGAGGCAUCUGACCACAUUGCCACAGCAUAUGCUGAGCUCAGAAAUGCAAGUUCAAAUGCAAAGACUGGAGGAACUCUUCCUAUAACUGCCAGAACAUUAGAAACCAUAAUACGUCUCUCAACAGCUCAUGCCAAAUUGAAGUUGAGCAGAAAGGUUUCAAAGUCUGAUGUAGAAGCUGCUUUGAAGGUUCUUAAUUUCGCAAUAUAUCACAAAGAACUGACAGAAAUGGAGGAGCGUGAGCAAGAGAGGGAGAGAGAAUCGGAGAAAAAGCGUAUGGCUGACCACAACGAAAAUGAUGGCCCUGAUCGUGGUCCUAAAAAGCAAAGAGGGUCAACAUCGGAUGCCAUGGAAGUAGACGAUGCCUCAGGAGCCCAAACUACUGUCAGUCUCACUCCUGAAAGAAUAGAAGCAUUUAAUUCUCUAUUUGGUCAGCAUAUGCGUGCCAACCGCUUGGAUCUCAUAUCUAUUGCAGACGUGGAGGAUGUUAUCAACAGAGGAGCAGAUUCGCGUUACAGCCCGGCAGAUAUACUACUACUAUUAGAGAGGCUGCAAAAUGACAAUAGAGUGAUGAUAGUUGAUGGAAUGGUGCAUAUGAUAUCAUAAUAUGUAGAUCGUUGCACAAUCUCUUGACAAAGAUUUAGACAGGGAGCAGAAUUUGCCGCUGGGUAGUGUGCAGUCCACACCGGAGGGAGGAGGAUUGACAACUUUCAAUGUUCAUUUAUUUACUUGCUAUCUGGGAGUCAUUUGCCAACACUUCAACAAAGAGAUAGCCUAUGCGAUUUCA